AUGAAAUUAUAUGAGUUGGUAACGUUGACUUAUGGGACGAAGCCGGCCUCGUACAUAGCAGUUAAGUGCGUUCAACAGUUAGCAAAAGACGAAGGGAAAAGGUUUCCUUGGGCAGCAAAGGUGGUUCAAGAGGAUUUUUACAUGGACGACCUCCUAACCGGUGCGAUGACCGUGGAGGAGCUUAUGGAAUUAAAGCACCAGCUAAUCGAGUUGUUGAAGCUAGGCGGUUUCGAAUUACACAAAUGGGGCAGCAACGCUAAGGUUCUAAACGAAGGAGGUACACUUAAUCUCGCAGAAUUUAUCGAGCAUGAAGGUGGCCGCGAAUCAAAGUUGCUAGGCAUAGCCUGGUCCCCGAAAGAAGAUAAGUUACAUUUCAGGACUCCUGCCCGCGGUAACGAUGGCCGUGUUACGAAACGGACGAUAUUGUCGGAAAUCGCUCAAUUGUUUGAUCCGCUGGGUUUGAUGGGUUCGGUAACUACAUUCGCAAAAAUAUUGAUGCAAAGCUUGUGGGUUAGCAAGGUAGGCUGGGAUGACGUGGUUCCAAUGAGCAUUCAGAAUUCGUGGUUAUUAUUUAGAUCACAGCUAACAGGCUUGAAUUAUAUUGAAAUACCGAGAUUAAUGAUGAGCUACGGUGUAAACCAAGCGCGCUUGCACGGUUUCUGUGACGCUAGCGAGAAGGCGUACGGAGCGUGCAUCUACCUGGUGAGUGGGGAUUCCGAGCAAGGGAUUAGUUCGACGUUAAUGUGUUCCAAGUCUAGGGUUGCACCUUUGAAAGCUGUGUCCUUGCCCAGAUUAGAGUUAUGUGGGGCGACGCUAUUAGUUAGGUUGAUGAAUAAAGUGACAGAGGCCUUAGCCACGGAGGUUCUUGAAAGGCAUUAUUGGACUGACUCUAGAAUCGUUCUGGCUUGGAUAGGCUCUUCUUCGAGAAGGUGGCAAACCUUUGUAGCAAAUAGGGUAGGCGAAAUCCAGAACAGCUCCUCCUCAAACGAAUGGCAUCAUGUAAGCUCGCGAGAUAAUCCAGCUGACUUGAUAUCUAGGGGGGUGACACCAGCGCAAUUGAACAAUUCAGCGAUAUGGUGGGAAGGACCGCGUUGGUUGAAAGUGAAAAAUGACUUUGCGAAAACUGAUGGCCUUGAUGUGGUUCUGGAUUCGGUACCUGAGGAGCGCAAGAAAGCGCUAACAGCAAUAAGUCUGGUCGACAACCCAGCAAUAGAUUUUAUUAGAUUUUCCUCGUACUUUAAGUUGUUACGCGUGAUGGCUUAUAUGUUAAGAUUUGUAGGUAAAUUUAAGAAGCUAAAUAUUUCUUAUAAGGAAAAAGAUAUGUGA